AACCGCUAAAUGAUAUCAAAGCUGGUUCAAAUAGUGUUCUUGUCCCUUGCGGCAAGUAGCACAUAUUGCUACGACAUUAACACCUACAAUGCAGAUUACGGAGUUUAUGUUGGAGAUCUUUCCAGUCCUGAAACGGAUAUUUCGGGACAAGUCUUCAUCGUAAAUGCGACAACCCUUCAAAUUUUCAAUCUGACUUUCUCGCCGUCCCAACAAGACCUCUAUUUCUGGCUCGAUACCAAAGAUGUUCCAACCAGAGAAGGAAUCAAAGCACAUACUUUUGAAUAUGGAAUUACGCCACUCGGAUCCUUCCCAGAAGACAACGACAGAGUUGUUGUUCAUGUUCCUGAGAAGCACCGUAUUGACGAAUUCAAAUCAUUCUCGAUUUAUUCAUUCAAAACUGAUAAAAGCAUGGCAUCCGUUGUAUUCCCAGAAAAUGUAAAAAUCCCAAAAUCGGUGAAGCUUUCCACUGAGUUUUCUGGAAAACGGUAUCAGCUCAGAUCUGGCCCGCUUUACGUUAUUGACAGAAGAACCAUUAAAGUCUAUGGGUUCACGUUUGAGGGAAAUAAAGCACCAAAAACUUACUUCUACGCCGGCCGCGGUGCAUCAGUAUCUUACAGUUCCGGUGUCAAAGUGGCAAUUCGCGGGAAAGACGAGAAAGAAAUUAGUGAAAUCAGUGAGAAUUAUCGCGGAGGCAAAGAUAUUAUCCUCGAGUUACCAGAGAAUUACGACAUCUUCCACAUUGAUUGGAUCUCAGUUUAUUGCUACAAGUACCGGGUCAACUUUGGUUCGGUUCUGGUGCCCACCGAUGACACACUUGUCAACCUCCCACCAUACGUGCCGUCGAUCAAAAAAAACACUGACGGAAAACCUAUGGCUCGUGGAGUAUUGAAAGGGUCCGCUGAAAGAACAAACUUUACUUUCCAACUCGGGGACGUCGAACAUAUCAAGAACCUAAACGGAAACCUCCGCUCACCAAAAUACGUUUGGCACGUGAAUAGUGUGAUGAGUCCCGAUCUCUAUUUGAUGAGAAAUGUCACCUAUAAUUUCAACGUGGAAGGUGGACGUGAAAAAAUGAUUCCUGAACUCUACAAUCCACUUUACAUUGGAGACGAUGAAAAUGGAGGGUUCAGCGAACUUUCUCAAAAUGAGGCUGAAAGAGUGACCAUUCAUUCUCCAGGACUAAUUGAGAGCAACACUGGACCACUUUGUAUUUGGAUGCACAACAAAGACAAAGCUGCAAAUGAACCAGAUACAUAUUUGGAGUGUGAUGGAUGGCCGGAAGAUGUUCAUUCGUUUGCAUUUACCCCCAAUGAGACAACCCCAUCUGUUCUUUAUUACAACAGUGGAAACAACUUCAACAUGGGUGGCAGAAUUUUCAUCGUUGACGAGCUCCCUGAAAAUAUAGCCGAUAGUGCGGAAGUACCGUAUAGCCGCGAGAAAUGGCACACUUUGGCUCUAAGCCGUCAGCGAGCCGACAAGGUCAAUGGAGGAAAGGCGACUCUUGCCGCCGUGUUUUUAAUUAUCGUUACCAUUAUUCUGGCUUAAUUUAUAAUUUAUCAAAAAAUGUGUAACAUGUACCUGUAUAAUUCAAUGUCUUUUCAGAUAGAUCUCUUUCCCAGUCUCUUUCUUCUCCCUUCAUUCUUUGAAUUACUGUAUUACCUGUUCGGGACUUACCAUUGCUUUUGUUAUGUUUUGUAUUUUCUGCUGUUGGGACCCUGCCAUAACCCAACUAGUUCCAGUAGGUUAUUUUUUGUCUUGAAAUUUUUGUAAAUCUCAGUUGACACUUUUCUCUCAACACACAUUGCUCUUAUGCGAAUGGUGUCAUUUAUAGAUUUCAAAGGUGUAACGCAUGUUUCAAAAUUUCAAAAUUAUAUUUUAUUUUUUAAUAAACAU